CACUCCUUCUUCAUCAGCGCUGCCUCUCCAUCUUCCCACCUCCCCUACUGCCUAUAUCACGAUCCUCUUCCCUCAUUCUUCGCCUCCUCUUCUCCCUUUCUCUCCUAUCUUUCCUUGGUCGUUCUGUACAAGGAGUCUCUCUCCCUUCCUGCCUUUCGGCAUAACGACGGCCUCUUGCGCACCCACGCAACCACAUAACAGCCCGUUAGAAUGUACGGUCAUUUAUCUCUCUCCACACUUUCCUUGCUUGCAGUGGUGGCCGCUGCUCCAUUCCCCGAGUCAUGGCUUCAGCCUAGAGACUCCGACGUCUCACAACUGUUCAGACGAGGUGCUCCCGAUCCCAAGGCCAGUGAUUACUUGAGUUACUAUCCAAGCCCUGGGUCCACUCCGAACGUCAGCACCAUUCCUCAAGCUUGGUUGGAUAAACUGGCCACUGUGCAGUUGCCAAAUGUCUCGGUAGCUACAGCUAAUGACGGUCGUCCUACUUACCCUAAUAAUGAGAACGAUGGAGAUUCAGAAAUUUGUUCUUUCACCGAUCAAUGUUACGUAGAGGACGAUCUGUACUCUCCCCCCGGUGAAAAGGUCUGGGCCCUCUCCUUCGACGAUGGACCAACAGACGUCAGUCCUGCUCUCUACGACUAUCUGGCUCAGAACAACAUAUCUUCCUCUGCGACUCAUUUCAUGAUCGGCGGUAAUAUUAUUACUUCCCCACAGUCAGUUCUCAUUGCCAUUGAAGCUGGAGGUCACCUCGCUGUCCACACUUGGUCCCAUCCUUAUAUGACAACUCUCACCAACGAGCAAGUCGUUGCAGAACUCGGCUGGACCAUGCAAGCCCUUAGCGAUCUCAAUGGUGGCCGAAUUCCCAUGUACUGGCGUCCACCUUAUGGUGACGUUGACAACCGUGUUCGAGCUAUUGCGAAGGGAGUAUUUGGCUUGGUGACUGUCCUUUGGGAUUCGGACACCAAUGACUGGGCUAUUUCCGACCAGCCAGACCAAUACUCUGUUGCAAGCGUUGAGGCUUAUUUCGACACUUUGGUCACUGGCAAUCGAACCCAAGGUCUUUUGCUCUUAGAACAUGAGUUGGAUAACAACACUGUCGAAGUCUUCGAGACGGAGUACCCCAAGGCAGUAGCUAAUGGAUGGUCUGUCAAGAAUGUGGCAGAUGCUUUCAGCAUGAAGUGGUACCUGAACUCUGGCAAGGGCAACGACGACGUUGUCACAACUAUGUCUGUUGCCGGGACUCUGACCACGGCCAAACCAACUCAUACAUCCACCUCUGUCGCUUCCGCGACUGCAACCUCCAGUGCUUCUGUCACGGACUCGGCUGGUGUGUCAAUCGCCUCUGCUGCCAGCUCCCAAGAGUCUUCUUCGUGGCCCAUUGCCAACAGGCCUUCUCUCUUCGUCAUCGCGUGCGGCCUUGCCCUUGCUGCUAUUAUGGUCUGAUAAAGGCUAGGUUCAGUUUUUUUUUGUCGAUCUUUUAGAUCAUGGACUUUCAUUCGCAUUAUGUAGGAAUCGUGAACAUAUAAUUCAUUUUUGAUUGCCAUAGACAGUCAAGUACUAUUAGAUUGUAACAGAACAUUUUUUGUGAACAAUGGACAAUUUCAUUGUAGUAGUUGUUCAUUAAUAGUCAUCCCGUUCAUUAAUAAUAGUCAUCAACAUUCAUUAGUUUUUUCAUUUAAUAGCACAACCAAUACCGCGCGGACGUGUCCAAAUUUCGUCAAAAAAUAGAAAAUGCGAAAUGUGAUUUUGAAAACUGUGAAA